AGCUGCUGGCCUGGCAUGUCUGUCCCUGGCCCCCUCCCUCCCAGUAUGUCACAGCAGCGGAGGCGGCUGUAUCUGGUGCAGUAGGGUGGGCAGGCCCGGACGGGAGGCGAGCUGGCGAGGAGAGCGGCCGCGAUGCGGGAAUGCAUAUCAGUCCACGUGGGCCAGGCCGGAGUCCAGAUUGGCAAUGCCUGCUGGGAGCUCUUCUGCCUGGAGCAUGGCAUCCAGGCAGACGGCACCUUUGGCGCACAGGCCGGCAAGAUCAACGACGAUGACUCCUUCACCACCUUUUUCAGCGAGACUGGCAGUGGGAAGCAUGUACCCCGGGCUGUCAUGGUCGAUCUGGAGCCCACUGUGGUGGAUGAGGUUCGGGCAGGGACCUACCACCAGCUCUUCCAUCCAGAGCAGCUGAUCACAGGAAAGGAGGAUGCAGCUAACAACUACGCCCGCGGUCACUACACAGUGGGCAAAGAGAGCAUUGACCUGGUGCUGGACCGUAUACGGAAGCUGACAGAUGCUUGCUCUGGUUUGCAGGGCUUCCUGAUCUUCCACAGUUUUGGUGGGGGCACUGGCUCUGGCUUCACCUCUCUGCUGAUGGAACGCCUCUCCCUGGAUUAUGGCAAGAAGUCCAAGCUGGAGUUUGCUAUCUACCCAGCCCCCCAGGUCUCUACUGCAGUGGUCGAGCCCUACAACUCCAUCCUGACCACCCACACCACACUGGAACAUUCAGAUUGUGCUUUCAUGGUGGAUAACGAAGCCAUCUGUGACAUCUGCCACAGGAACCUGGACAUUGAGCGCCCCACUUACACCAACCUCAACCGCCUCAUCAGCCAGAUCGUGUCCUCAAUCACUGCCUCUCUCCGCUUUGAUGGGGCCCUCAAUGUGGACCUUACCGAGUUCCAGACCAACCUGGUGCCAUACCCCCGCAUCCACUUCCCUCUGGUCACCUACGCACCCAUCAUCUCUGCUGAGAAAGCCUAUCAUGAACAGCUCUCCGUGGCUGAGAUAACCAGCUCCUGCUUUGAGCCCAACAGCCAGAUGGUGAAAUGUGACCCGAGACAUGGGAAGUACAUGGCCUGCUGCAUGCUUUACCGGGGGGACGUGGUGCCCAAGGAUGUGAAUGUCGCUAUUGCUGCCAUCAAGACCAAGAGGACCAUCCAGUUUGUAGACUGGUGUCCCACAGGCUUCAAGGUGGGCAUCAACUACCAGCCACCCACUGUGGUGCCCGGAGGGGACCUGGCCAAAGUCCAGCGGGCCGUCUGCAUGCUGAGCAACACUACAGCCAUUGCGGAGGCCUGGGCCCGCCUUGACCACAAGUUUGACCUCAUGUAUGCCAAGCGGGCCUUUGUGCACUGGUAUGUUGGAGAGGGAAUGGAAGAAGGAGAGUUUUCCGAGGCCAGGGAGGACCUGGCUGCCCUGGAGAAGGAUUAUGAAGAAGUGGGGACUGAUUCGUUUGAAGAAGAAAAUGAAGGGGAGGAAUUUUAAAUAUACGUCUUCCCCUUG